AUGGACGAAUUACAUAAUCAAGUUGUACUUUGUUCAGAUAUCGAUGAUAUGUUAACCAAAUUAAGUGCGAACACAUCCUGUAAGAAAAUUUUGAUGUGCUUCGUUGAACAACUGUCAUUGUUACAAUCAUCAUUGGCUGAUGAUUCUAUCCAUUGUAUACUUGCUCUUAAAAAUGAAGCAGAACUAAAUGAACCGAUGAAUAUUCAAUGUAAUAAAAUUAAACUAGUUCAAGACAAAAAAGAACUAAUGCGUACUUUAAGCAUAGAAAGUAUGCGUUGUUUUGUUAACGAAGCUUUGCAACAUGAAGCUACAGAUGAUAUUGGUAUUACCAAUCUAUGUUAUCAAAAAGCACUUCAUUCACUUUCUACUACUAAAUCUUAUGUCUAA